AUGUCUGCUUCCACCCGCAUCCCCCCGAUCGCUCAGCCCUUCGUCAGCGAUCGGGCCAAGAAGGCCCUUGACUUGGUCGAAGAGUUCGUCGAGAAAGACUGCAUCCCCGCCGACGCCGUCUUCUCCGCCCAGCUGGGCGAGGGCGAGAAGCGAUGGCAGACCACCCCCGCCGUCAUGGAGGAGCUGAAGGCCAAGGCGAAGAAGCUCGGCCUGUGGAACAUGUUCCUGCCCAAGAAGCACUUCAGCCAAGGGGCUGGCUACAGCAACGUCGAGUACGGACUGAUGGCCGAGUUGCUGGGCAAGAGCAAGGUUGCUUCGGAAGCGACGAAUAACGCUGCCCCCGAUACGGGCAACAUGGAGGUGCUGGCCAAGUAUGGUAACGACGCUCAGAAGCAGCAGUGGCUGGCUCCCUUGCUGGAGGGCAACAUUCGCUCGGCCUUCCUGAUGACCGAGCCCGAUAUUGCGUCCAGUGAUGCCACCAACAUCGAGAUGGAGAUCCGCCGCGAGGGCAAUGAAUACGUCCUGAAUGGCUCGAAAUGGUGGUCCUCCGGUGCCGGCGACCCCCGCUGCAAGAUCUACUUGGUGAUGGGCAAGUCGGACCCCAACAACCGCGAUACCUACCGCCAGCAGUCCGUCGUUCUGGUGCCCGCCGACGCCCCCGGCAUAACCGUUCACCGCAUGCUGCAGGUCUACGGUUACGAUGACGCCCCCCACGGCCAUGGCCACAUCACCUUCAAGGAUGUGCGCGUGCCCGUAGCCAACAUGGUCCUCGGCGAGGGCCGCGGUUUCGAGAUCAUUCAGGGCCGUCUGGGCCCCGGCCGCAUCCACCACGCGAUGCGCACGAUCGGCGCCGCCGAGAGAGCUCUCGAGUGGAUGAUCGCUCGCGUCAACGAUGAGCGCAAGCAGACCUUCGGCAAGCCGCUGUCCGCGCACGGUGUCAUCCUCGAGUGGAUUGCCAAGUCACGCAUUGAGGUCGAUGCCGCGCGUCUCAUUGUGCUGAACGCCGCCAUUAAGAUUGAUCAGGGCGAUGCCAAGUCUGCCCUGAAGGAGAUCGCUCAGGCGAAGGUGCUCGUGCCCCAGACUGCGCUGGCGAUCAUCGAUCGCGCAGUCCAGGCCUAUGGUGCCGCCGGUGUCUGCCAGGAUACCCCGCUUGCAUACAUGUGGGCUGGUAUCCGCACGCUGCGUAUUGCUGACGGCCCGGAUGAGGUUCACCUGCAGCAGCUGGGCCGGAGAGAGAACAAUUCCCGCAAGGAGGCUGUGGUUGCGAAGCUGAAGUGGCAGCAGCAGGAGUCGGAUCGUCUGCUGAUUGCGUCUGGGUUCAAGGCGAAGAGCCACCUGUAG